AUGCCAAACUACAAACUCACUUAUUUUAAUAUGAGGGGGAGAGCGGAAAUCAUUCGAUAUAUAUUUGCAUAUUUGGACAUAAAGUAUGAAGACCACAGAAUAGAACAAGCUGAUUGGUCUGAAGUCAAAUCAACUCUUCCAUUCGGUAAAAUCCCCAUUUUGGAAGUCGAUGGACUUAACCUUCACCAGAGCCUAGCAAUAGCAAGAUACCUGACCAAAAACACAGAUCUGGCUGGAAAGACAGAACUGGAACAAUGUCAAGCUGAUGCGAUUGUGGACACAUUGGAUGAUUUCAUGUCACGUUUUCCUUGGGCAGAGAAAAAACAAGAUAUAAAAGAUCAGAUGUUUAAUGAGCUUCUUACAUAUGAUGGACCUCAUCUUCUGCAAGAUUUGGACACAUACUUAGGGGAAAAAGAGUGGCUCAUUGGUAACUCUGUGAGGAAACGUAAGAGACGAGCUGGGAAUACCUCAUCACACCGGAAGCAAAUGAAUUAUCAAAGACAACUGGGGUUGUGUCACAAGGACUCAAAAGUUAACUUGAAGAGGCUUCCAGUGGCCAAAGAUGGGACAAUUCAAGCUUCACGAAGAAUAUUACUGGCAGUGGAUUGA